CUGACAGAGUGACAGAAACUUCUUUUAAAUUGAAAGCUUAAAUGGCAAGCUAGCGGAAGCAAUCUCUUAGUACAUUUUCUUGCGGGAGUCCAGGCCCCUCUCUCCGUCUCAGUUCCUUAAACACGUAGACGGGGAGGAAAGGAAGCAAUCAUCAUUCAUCAAUGGGCGGAGAUAGAAUUUUCUCCAACAAUUUAUCAUCUGAAGACUUGGAUCGUGAGUCUGAGUUCCCAGAUCCAUCACUUGAUUUACCUACUUUUCUAAGUGAGGACGGUUGGGGUGCCAAGGUGGAGACUGAGUCAGUGUUAAACCAGGAGGUUGGCUUGCUUUCUGGGGAAUUUGGGGAAGUGGGUCAUCAAAAGUCUUCCAAGUCAGUGACUUUUGAGGCCUGUCAGAGGCGGAUACGCGCCAUUUACGCUGAAGUUUUGGGCAGUUAUGAGGAACUGCAGCGUCGGACUGGGAGUUUGGAGGAGGCCAAGAAUAGAAUAUUGAGUUAUACUCCAGGCUCAUGGAUACGAAAGUUUGGUGGCAGCAAAUUGGGGGACUAUCAUGUGCCAGAGAUAACAUCACUCCUAUUAGUUGGUCCUAAGGGAUCUGGAAAAAGCAGUCUCAUAAACAAAAUAUCCCGGGUGCUUGAGAAUGACAAAUAUGCACCAGAAAGAGCUCAAGUAUCAUAUAAUUCAUCUGCUGGAGAAGGGACCUAUUUCCUCCAGGAGUAUGAAAUCCCAAGAGGAUCAAAUUCUUUCUGCUUGUAUGAUACUCGUUGUUUGUCUGAUGAUUCAUCUGAAAACACAAAAAUCUUCAAGCAAUGGAUGACAAAGGGAGUUCGCAAUGGGGAACUAGUUAAAAGGCCUUCUGAUGGUGCAAUUGUAAAAGCUACCAUUAAAUCCAAAGCUCGCCGUAGUGGUAACCUUUCUGGUAAGGCCAGGGUGGUUAACUUUGUUGUAAUGGUUGUUAAUGGGCUCUCAGUAUUGGAAUCGAUGGACAGCUACGAUGAAGGAAAAAAACUGUACAAUCAAAUGAUUGCUAAAGAGUUCAACAAUCCAUACUUAUCAUUUAAAGAUGACAAGCCUGUUGUUGUCGUUACUCAUGGAGAUCUGCUUGCUCUUUCCGAUCGUGUUAGAGUACGUGUCUACUUGGGUGAGCUGUUGGGCAUCCCACCAAAAACGCAAGUUUUUGACAUUGCUGACUGCAAUGACUCAGCAACUGAGUUGACAAUAGCUGAUCUUUUGUGCUAUUGUCUUGAGCAUGCUGAUAAAAAUCUUCCUCCCAAUGCCGGCAAGAUGCAUACAACAUCUCUCCGGGCAUAUCUGUUGCUGUUAAUGGUGCUUGGUAUUGGAAUUAUUUUUGCGUGGAUGCAGAGUGGAUGUUUUCAUCGUCACAGCGCGCCUCCUCCCUCACACGUUGCUUUCGAUUGGCAUACAAUUCGACACUUGUGGUUGGGCGUGGACUAUGAUUAGUUCACGGAUCUCACUUUGUCAACCGCGUCAUGUUAAUAGAAGCUACUAAUAUACGUAUUCUGAAUAG